AUGGACAAUCUUCUUGAAAGACGAAGGGUCAUGGACGAGAACGAGAAAACAAGUCUGGCCAAUAGAGUAUUCUCUUGGUCUAUCAAAAAUAUUCUCAACAGAGAUCUCCACAAGAACAAGAUGAAGAUAAUACCAAACACGUUCAGAUCUGUUGAUGAAUACCUUCAGUGUUUUGUUCCUCAUCUACUUGAGGAAACACGGACCGAGUUGUUUUCCAGCUUCAAAUCUUUAUCCAAAGCUCCUGUCUUUGAAAUAAGUUCUAUGGAUAGACAUACUUCAAGUGGAAGCUCAUCAAACAAUUUGUUCUAUGAUAUAAAAAUAACUAAUGCAUUGAGUAUUGGUGCAAAGUAUCAGCCUAAAGGUGGAGAUCUUAUUGCUCUGACAAAGGAAAGGCCAAGACGGAUCGAUGACUUGAAUCCUUUACUUCUCGCUUACGUAUCCUCUGAUGGUGAUCUUGUUAUCACUGUUCAUUCAUCUAGAUCGAUAUCAGAUCUUGAAAUGGACCGUAUGUUCAGGGAAACUUCACUUCAUUUUGGAGUUUUUCUCAUGAAUUUAACAACAAACACUCGAAUUUGGAACGCUUUGCACAACGAAGCUGCCAAUUUAACUCUAGUAAAGAGUGUGCUUCAGGAAAAUACCCUGGCAACUAAGCAGUGUGUUUGUGCGAAUGGUUUUGAUGAUUCUGAGUAUUCUGACCAUGUUUUGGAUAUAAUCCGUUCUGCGAAACUGAACUCAUCCCAAGAAGCAGCAAUCUUGAGUUGCCUUGAGAAAAGGAACUGCUAUCACGAGCACAGUGUGAAGCUGAUUUGGGGACCUCCUGGUACUGGCAAAACAAAGACGGUCGCGACUCUUCUCUUUUGCCUUCUCAAGCUAAAGUGCAAAACAGUUGUAUGUGCUCCUACAAACACAGCUAUUGUAGAAGUAGUGUCGAGGCUCAUGUCCUUAUUUAAGGAAACUUGUUCAUCAGAACACCCUACUUACGGGCUGGGGGACAUGGUUCUAUCUGGAAACCGCGACAGGAUGGGGAUUAAAGAAAAGGAUGUUCUUCUCGAUGUGUUUCUUGAUGAGCGUGUUGGUAAACUUGGUAACCUUUUUUCCCCAUAUUCGGGUUGGAAGAAGAGGUUAGAUUCACUGAUAAAACUUCUUGAGAACACGGAGGCCAAGUACGAGCAGUAUGUCCUUCUACUGGUCGAAGCUGAAAGAAUAAAAGAAGAAGAAAUGAAAAAGAAGAAGAAUAUUGAACAGAAGCCAAAAGCCAUAAAGAUUCUUACAUUUGGGGAGUUUGUAAAGAAGACUUUUGAUGGCCUCAGUGACGAAUUGGAGAAAGAUAUGGUUGAUUUGUACACUCAUCUUCCCAAGUCUUUCAUUUCAUCUGGACAAGUGAAUACUAUGGUCGCAGCUCGUCAAGCUCUUACGCGCGUCAGAUAUUUUUUGAAAGAGAACUCUACUAGAGAUGAUUUCAAGAAGGGAAGUUUCAGAUUUGAUUGGUUCAUCAGACUCAUCAGUGGUGAUUGUCUCCAGGCUCUACGUUUACUUCCUGAACGUUUUGAGGUUACGGAUAUGCUGGAAAACAAAGAUACAAAAAACUUUUGUCUACAGAAUGCAAGCAUAAUUUUCUGCACAGCCUCAGGUGCUGCAGAUAUGAAUCCGAUAAGGACAGGACCGAUCGACCUUCUUGUGGUCGAUGAGGCGGCUCAGCUUAAAGAAUGUGAAUCAGUUGCUGCUUUGCAACUUUCUGGACUUCGUCAUGCUGUUUUAAUAGGAGAUGAGCUUCAAUUGCCUGCAAUGGUUCACAACGAGGUAUGUGAAAAAGCGAAAUUUGGAAGAAGCUUGUUCGAGAGAUUGGUUAUACUUGGUCAUAGCAAACACUUGCUCAAUGUCCAAUACCGAAUGCAUCCUUCCAUAAGUCGUUUUCCCAACAGAGAGUUCUAUGAUGGAAGAAUCACAGAUGCUGCGAAUGUUCAAGAAAUCAUUUAUCAAAAGAGGUUUCUUCAAGGAAACAUGUUUGGUUCUUUCUCUUUUAUCAAUGUUGGACGUGGAGAAGAAGAGUUUGGUGAUGGACAUAGUCCUAAAAACAUGGUUGAAGUUGCUGUGAUUUCUGAAAUCAUAUCUAACCUUUACAAAGUAUCAAGUGAAAGGAGAAUGAAGAUGAGUGUUGGAGUGGUUUCACCUUACAAAGGACAAGUCCGAGCAAUUCAAGACAGAACCAAAAAUAAGUACAGUUCCUUGUCAGGUCAGCUUUUCAAUUUGAAUGUUCGGUCCGUAGAUGGGUUUCAAGGUGGUGAAGAAGAUGUUAUCAUCAUCUCUACCGUCCGAAGUAACGGUAAUGGAAAAGUGGGAUUUCUCAACAACCGUCAAAGAGCUAAUGUGGCACUAACUCGUGCAAGGCACUGUCUGUGGGUGGUUGGUAACGAGACAACUUUGUCCCUAAGUGGUUCUAUUUGGGCUAAACUGAUAAGUGAGUCGAGAACACGUGGCUGCUUCUACGAUGCUGCUGAUGAGAAGAGCCUAAGCGAUGCCAUGAAUGAUGCUUUGCUUGAGGAUGUGUCUUCGAGUUUUGGAUCUCUUUCCAUCAGGAAUGGUCUUGGGAGAAGAAAUGCUUGGUAG